CCUUAUGUUUGGUCAGGCACUUAGCAAAUCUGCUCGUCGAAUGCAGAAAACGGGUUCAACACUUCUCCGUGCAGAGAGCAGGUUUAGUAUGGUCAAGGGACGAGAGAUACACUUCAGUGAAAAUCAUGCUACAAAAUAAUAUAGGCGCAAUUAUUAGAUGCAUUAUGGCGUACUCCUAGCUAAAUCACCAACACCGUGACCUAAAUAAAAGGCUCCGAUUGGCUCAAAUUGAUGAGAAGGCGUGAAAGGUAGUAGUAGUACUACUAGUAAGUCACCUACGUUGUAAAAGUGGAUUAUGAUUGGUUGAUGGACCUGAUGCAUUUUGUUGCUGGAUGUAGAUCCGUGCACGAUACAUAGAGUGAUCUAGAAAUACAUGUCUAUAAAGGUAAACGUAGAAUUGAUUAAAAUCCACUUCGUUUCCUUCUUGAUUCAGUUCAGGAAAAAUCAUAGGAAUCGCUCGUGUUCAGAGUGUUAACAACUCGGACUCCAAAACCUACGUUUUUAUACCUUUCCAAAUGAAAUGAAGUCUAAUCGACCCUCUCUGAUAUCGCAGUAGUCGGAGUAAUCUUUGGAAGUCACUGCCAAUUGAUUGAUAUACAUGUACUCUUUUGGCUCGCAACUAAUGUGUGAACGCUUCUGAUCUUGACUGUAGCUGAAUGGUUUACAUCUGGACCAAAGAAGCUGCAUGUUGGCCAACUGGCAACGUACCAAAACCUGAUUGUUCAGGCAUAGAAUCUACCAGGGUCAAGCUCGUCGACUCCAACAAGAACAUCUGUGAAUUUUAUGAGAAUCAUGGAGUCCCAUGGGCUGAGACAUAACGCCUUUCUGCUGUUAGUCUGUCUGUCUUUGAGCAUCACCUGUAUGAGUGUUUGUAUGGUAUCUGCUGAGUGGUCUGGGGAUCUGUCAGACUAUGAGUUGGCAAGCUUUGACAAUCCGGACAUUUUGGGUGAAAAUGAAAGACGUGCAUCAAAGUUCAACCACUUCACCUUGAGUGAUCAUGGCGAUGUCUAUGUUGGAGCUGUCAAUUGGUUGUACAGGUUGAGUGGUAGUUUGGAAGAGAUACAGAAUGUUACAACCUGUGAUGACAGCAGGCAAGAUAGUGUGAUGCCCUGCCACCUUACAAACAACUACAACAAGAUACUGGUAGUUGACAGUACUCGGCCAAACAGUUUGAUAACCUGUGGUGGUGUGUAUGAGGGUAUUUGUCAGUUACGACAGUUACAGGAUAUUGGUGUCGAAGUGCAAGAAUCAAUUGAAAAAGUUGCGGGGUUUGAGGAUUUAACUACUGUUAGUUUGAUUGCUCCAGGAAGAGGUAACAAUCAGAUGCUUUAUGCUGCUGUUACUUAUACUGCAGUUAAUAAUAAUGGAAUGGGAAUCUUUCCAGCAAUCACAAGAAGGAGCCUCCUUUUGGGAGGAACAUAUUUAAGUGCACCUGACGAUACAGAUACAGUUCCUUUCAUCGCAGCCGCUCAAAAUGUUCUCAUCAAGUAUGUUUUAGCUUUUGGCUACAACGGCUUCACAUACUUUGUCGCCUCCCAGAAAGAGGACUUGAAUUCUGCCCAGUAUGUUUCUAAGAUAAGCAGAGUCUGUCAGCGUGGUCCCAACCUAGACGCAUACACAGAAAUUACCCUACAGUGCAGUGGAUCAGAUGGCAGUGUGUACAGCUUGGUGCAAGCAGCUCACUUUGGACCAGCAGGACCUGAUCUAGCGGUAUCAUUCGGUCUCACUGCAGACGAGCAGGUGCUGUAUGCUGUGUUUGCCAAGAACCAAGGAGCUCCGGGUACCAGUGAUGUACCCAUCGAUCACUCAGCAUUGUGUGUGUACAGGAUGACGGAUAUCUUGGCUGCCUUCAGAGAAGCAGUGCGGGGAUGUAUUCAGGAUGGAAUUACCUACUCUGUUAACUAUUUGGAGAGUUCUUUCUGUAAUAGCUUUCCGACUGUUAGGAUCGAAGACCGAUACUUUUGCAUUCCUGUAACGGCAGAUGUUAAUCAGGUGUCACUGUUCAAGUCUGCCAAGGGCAUCGAUCCAGUGCCAUCUACAGCUGUGCUGGAACUUCCAGGUACUCUGAUGUCAUCCAUCAUCACCAGCAUUGAAGUCAACCACACCGUGGCUUUCAUUGGAACAUCAAGGGGACAUCUACUGAAGGUUCAAAUUGAAAGUAAUACUACAGGAAGAUUGUAUGAAAGAGUUUCUCUAGACACCAGUCCAGUACUGACUGACAUCAAGAUCAAUGACACAACUAGAGUGAUGCAUGUGCUCACCGAACAAAAGAUAAUCAAGAUGCGUGCUGAGAAUUGUGGUCGGUACACAACCUGUGAGACGUGUAUUGGGACUGAUGCAGGGAAUGAUGGAGACCCAUACUGUGGAUGGUGCACUCUGGAAAGGAGAUGCACAAGAUAUUCAGACUGUCCAUCACCUGAUGUGUCUACUCGUUGGUUGGCCUACAAUGCUGCUCAGUGCAUCAAUAUUACCAAUGUAGCUCCUUACGACAACCUGCCAAUUACCGUCACAGAGCAACAGAUAACCCUGACUGUGCAGCAACUACCCGAUCUAGGGACCGGUCAGAGUUAUGAGUGUCACUUUGGGUCGUUUGAAUCUCCAGCUACAAAGAAUGGUGAAGUGCUUGAGUGUACGUCACCUCCUAGUGAUGGCAUACCAGCCAUUCCGCAAGGAGAUGAUGCAGUGCACGUUGAUUUGAGUGUUGAGUCGUCUGAAACUUUAGUUCAGUUUACUGACACUGACUUUUACUUCUACGAGUGUUCAACUCAUACCUCUUGUGUGUCCUGCGUUGGCAGUCGCUGGGCCUGUGAUUGGUGCGUGUUUGAGAACAGAUGUACUCAUGAAAGCUCCACAUGCACAAGACCUGACGAAAUCAUCAUAACUGGAAAUAAUAAUCCAACUGCUGCUGCUGUGAAAGGACCUGAGUUUUGCCCUCAGCUGCUGAAUCAGACUGCUGAAGAGUUGCUUCCUAAUGGCAUUAUGAGGAGAAUCACUGUCAUGACUACAAACCUGCCAAACGUAGCUGAGAUGUUAAGCUAUCAGUGCAGCUUGGAUGUAGAGGGAUCACCACAGGCUGUAAAUGCAGAUCGUAAUGGAGAUAUAAUCACAUGCCGAGAGAAGGCUUACACGUAUCUUUCGAAUGAUGAGCCUGAACUUGAAGUGAAACUGAGUGUUUCAUGGACGGACACGAUCAGUGGUGUUGUGCACAUCCUGGACGACAUACAUGGAUUCGAUGUGACCCUUUACAAGUGUGAAGUCCAGAAGCCAGACUGCAGUCGAUGCGUUACUGCCCGCCCUGUGCUUGAGUGUGUCUGGUGUGGUGCCGUGCCAUCUGAGUCUGGUGUUUGCAAACUGAACGAAAUCUGCAGUGAAAACAUGGUUACUUUGGACAAUGGAUUGAACUGCCCUGAUCCAGUCCUUAGCGAGGUGUUUCCCUUGACUGGACCGAUUGAAGGCAACACAGUCAUAGAUGUGAUGGGAACUGACAUCGGUCGGAGAUUCGAGGAUGUCGUGUCAGUAACGGUUGGGGAUAAACCUUGUGAUCUAGCUGGAUUGAACUCAGACUAUGAAAUUGGAGCAAGUGUCAGCUGCAGAGCACGAGCAGAGAGUGAAGGAGCUGAGUUGGUGACAUUGACAGUCACAGGUGCAGAUGGUACGAUGCAGCACAGCUCAGGAACAGUCAACUUCAACUUUAAGCAUCCAGCGAUUACAGCUUUCCAACCCAGCCUUGGCCCAGAAGCUGGUGGAACUGCAGUGAGUGUGAAUGGUACAGCCCUCAACACAGGACGGGAUAUCGAAGCAUUCAUUGGUGACAAUCCUUGCAAUAUAACGGGCCAACCAGUUGAAUCUAUGUUAGAGUGCACGACCACUGCUGCCCAAGUUGGAUAUAAAGGUGUUGUGAAAGUCUCCUUCGAUGGGGCCAUGAGAACCUCAUCAGAUAUGUACACCUACACUGAAAAUCCUACCAUCACCGAGGUGUCUCCUCUGAAAAGCAUCAUUUCGGGCGGCCGAACACUGACUGUCACUGGGACAUUCCUGGACACCUGCCAGAAUCGUCAGAUUUUUGUUGGAGACAGCAGUAAUAAGGAGGAAUGCAAAGGAGAAUCUGCAACAGAAAUGAGUUGCAUAUCUCCCAACAUAACAGCCCUGAGAAGCAUCACAGAAGUCAACGCGACCUUUGGAUUCAUCAUGGACGGGGUCACCAAGCUAUUGACAUGGUCUGAGGUCAACGACGUCGACUUGGAGUAUUUUCAAGAUCCAGUGUAUGACGAAUUUGAGAAUGGGAUGCAGGAAAAAGUAGGAGAAACGCUAACAAUAAAGGGCGAACGGAUCAACAGUGCAAUCACAGAAGAAGAAAUCAUAGUCAGGAUAGGAAGUGACGUAUGUACAGUCAGCUUGAUUAGUGAAACAGCCUUAGUGUGUACGCUACCAGAAAAAGAUCCUGGGCCUGGGGACUUCAUGGGUGAAGACGAUGAGAAAGGCCUACCUGUGGUGUGGGUCCAGCACAGUAACCUUAAAGUCCGCAUCGGUUACAUUCAGUACCCGCCUGAUGUGCCCCCAUUCGUCAUUAUUGUCUCGUCAAUCUGUGGAGCUAUCCUGGUGUGUAUUCUCUUUGUAGUGAUAUGUUUCGGAGCUCAGGUGUAUGGAGCUAAACGAGAGGCCAGACUGAUCGUGGAAGACAUGAGAGCUUUAGAAGCAGAUCUGGCUGAUGAGGUCAGGCAAGCCUUUGCUGAGCUUCAGACCGACAUGACAGAUCUGACCAGUGACCUGGAAGGGAUCGGCAUGCCGUUUGUCAGUCAUCGCGAGUAUGCCACCAACAUGCUGUUCAUUGGCCAGGAAAUCACACCAGAUACCGAAGAUGAAGAGUACCCCAAUGAGCAAGUGGAGAGGGCCAUGGUCAAGUUCUCUCAGCUGCUUAGCAACAAGAACUUCCUCCUGCUCUUCAUCCAGACACUGGAUGCAGAAAGUAGUGCCAAGCUCUCCAUCCGAGAAAAGCAAUCCAUUGCAUCUCUGCUGACGGUCUUGAUGGUUCUUGAGAAUAAACUUGUCUACUUGACCGAUGUGAUGAUAACACUGAUGACCCAGUUGAUUGAGGACGCAGCUGAUUCUGAUCGCACCCGUCAGCUGUUCUGCCGAACGGAGACCAUGCUGGAGAAGCUGAUGUCAAACUGGGUUGCUCUGUGUCUGUAUGACCAGUUGAAGACUGACACAGCCUACCCCCUGUUUGUGAUGUACCGAGCUAUCAAGUAUCGCAGUGAGAAUGGUCCCAUUGACGUCAUCACUGGUCGCUCCCGCUUCUCCUUGAACUAUGACAAACUUCUUCAAGAAGAUGUGGAAUUCAAUGCUCUUACUCUGACGGUUGCUAUCGAUGAAGAAGGGGAUGUCAUCAAAGAAGUCAAGGUGCUUGACGUGGACACCAUCUCCCAAGUCAAGGAGAAGAUCUUAGAUGCCAUCCAUCGCAAUCAUCCCUUCUCCGAGCGGCCCAGUGCCAGCCAAGUCAGUCUUGAGUGGCGUCAUGGAAGAAGCGGUAAACUUGUCUUGACUGACACAGACAUGAGGCCAUUGACAGACAAAUGGCGUAGAAUCAACAUGCUCAAAGACUUUCAUGUUGGAGACCAUGCUCUGGUGACUCUGGUCGAGAAGCAGGACGUCCCGAAUGCCACACUCUCAGGAUCAAUCCUCAAGGUGCAGGGCUCGGCUUCUUAUGUAAACAUUAGCUUUGAUGAAGAUAAGCUCAGGCGCAGGAUGAGUGCCAAGCGACGUUACACCAUUGCUGAAGUUGAGGCUCAAGAAGGAAUCAGAGACUGGCAUCUUACCCAGGAGGAGGAGUGGCCUACAGAUGAGGAUGGACAUCCUAGGAGAAAACGAGGAGGUUGCAUCUCACUGGAUGCUGUCACCUUCAGGAAUAAGGUUUCUCGUCACAGGAUCAAAGAGAUCUCCUUCCCUAGACUUCUCUCCACAAAGGGCAUCGUGCAGGAAUAUGUGGAUAACAUGUUCCAGGCGAUACUGUCAGCGAAGAGCGCCCCCAAGGCCAUCAAGUACCUGUUUGAUUUCUUUGACAGUCAAGCCUACCGACAUGACUUGUCCACCGCGGAUCCUGACCUGGUCCACAUCUGGAAGAGUAACAUUUUGCCAUUGCGUUUCUGGGCAAACGCCAUCAAGCACCCAGACUACAUCUUUGACAUCCGCCCAUCUCGCACCGUAGAGGCCAGCCUGGAUGUCAUCGCACAGUUGUUCCAUGAUGCGCACGAUACCAAGACCCACAGACUUGGCAGGGAGACGUCUAUCAACAAGCUACUGUACGGCAGAGAGAAGACCAAGUACCACAAUGACGUCGUCUCCUUCUUCGAAGAAGUUGAGCAGUUGCCUCCAGUUCCCACCCAAGAACUGAACAAGGAGCUGUACAAAGCAUGCGAGAAUUUCACUGGUCUGUUCAGCAAGCUGAGCACCCUGGAUCAACUGUGGAAACUCGUGCGAAGAUUCAAGCAGAAGCUCCUGGAUGAGAUCGAAAACAAUGAGCGAUGCAAGGACGAGAAUCUGGAUGGAUUGUUGGAGGAGAUUGACAACAUUCUGUCUGAGGAGCCUGAUGUUGCUGACGCAGCUGUGUAGAUCGAGGGAUUGUCAAGCUAAAAGUCUAGCUUCCCUGAUGAAUAUAGUGAAAAUCAAAUCACAUCUUCAGUUAGAAAUAAUGCAAAAUGCAGGAUUCUCCAAACUUUUGUACCUAUGAUAUAAUUACCGCAUCUUCUUUGCUUCCAAUUCUGUAAUAUUUAACUUUUGUACUUACCUCAUUUAAGUACAAAUUUUAAAACCACUUUCUUCUCAUGAUUCGAUGAUACAAUCAUUAGAAUCUCGUGGAAAUAACUCCGUACGAUGUAGACUUUUUCAAUAAGGUAAUCUAAAAGUGAAACGCUCAAGGAAGCAUAAAGCAUGUAUUAACAUAUAACCAGGUUUAAUUAGUGAUUGGUGUCGGGGAAAAACAUUGAUUUUUCUUACUCGUAAUAUCCUCAUGUAUUUGAAAGCAAAUUAAUGAUCCAAUUGACUUUAAAUGUAUCAUUUUACACAGACAUUAUAAUACGUUUUCAGAGCAAGAAUUCGUAUUCCGUACGUUACGAUUACAAAUUGCUCUUAGAUGAUGAAUUAUGGAAUUUGUUUGAUAUAUUAACAUAUUUUAAGAAAAAGGAUUUUGUUGUAACAAACCAAUCCUGUACACAUUGUUCAUGUAUGUUUAGAUGCAGACAUUUUGUGUGUACAAAUGCCAAAACCAAUCGAAAUGUAAUUGAUGAUAAAACAUACCAUUUUUUUCAGAUUUAGCGUAACCACUAAAAUGCAAUGAAAUGCCGAUCUCUUUUGACAAUGCAUAAUAGAUUAUGUUAUAAUGAAAGCUUUUUUUUAUAAGGAAAGAGUGUUGACUCAAUGAAAGACUUAGAAAACAGUAAUGAAGUUGUACAUGAAGAUAUCUGCAUUGUAUCACGAAGUAAAGUAAUUUUUUUAGUUUAUCAAUUUAUUGUACAAUUUGAAAUAUUACACAGUUAAUUUGCAUAGCAAGAAAUUGUUAUUGAACAUAUUGUAGAUGAAUAUACCCGGUUUUCAAAACAACAGAGGAAUUUGUUAGAGGAAAUUAAUUUUCCACACAUUUAAUAUUUCAUGUAUGGUUAAAAUUCAGACAUUUGUGACAGUGAGCAAUCUCUCUAAAAAUCUAUCGAUCGUAAUUACAUGAUUUACUGUGGAGUGUCUUGAUGGAGGAAAAGUGUUGAACGGAAAGCUUUCAAAGUAAUGAAAAUGAAUAAGACUGAUGUCAAUUCAUUUUAUUUUGUACUUGGGGUAAACUUUAACAUUUAUUUUGUUAACUGAUACAUAUUCUAGGAAUAAUAUAUGGUGAUUUGAUUUGGCAGUUUUAAUGAACAUGUAGCUGGGACCCAUAAAAUCUUCCACAUUUCGUCAUUUCAACAGUGGUUUUUGGUGUUUUUUUAAGGAUGUAUAUUUACAUAGAAUAAACGAUAGUUGUAUAUGUACGCAGGGUGAUCGAUAUAAUCGUUUUACAAUUUAUCAAUUUACACAGUGAACUCAAAUAUUAUUUGGUUGUCAGUUGGUUUAUUUGUUUGUUUGUUGGUUUUUUGUUUGUUGGUCGGUUGGCUGACGUGUUGGUUGGCCCACUGGCUGACUGAAUGGAUGAUUCGAGGGUUGAAUGGUUGUUAAUUUUACAGAUUACUCAGUAUAUUCCGGUGCGUUCCUUUUUUUUUUGCAUUUUUAUAUAUAACGUGUUAUGUAAUAAUAUUUCGUUAGACAUAUCGAAGUUCAUAAUGCCAUUCCAUCGCGUGAAGUUCGUCCAUGUUACAGACCUACGUAGUUAGAGCCUACAUUCCAAAACCUACAAAGAAUAAUCAAUGAUGUACACAGAAUAAUUAAAAGAGCCGUUUUAAAAUUUAUAAAUGUACACAGUGAACUUAUAUAUGAUUUGGUUGUAAGUUGGUUUGUUUGUUUGUAGUUGGUCGGUUGGUCGGUUGGUUGACUUGUUGGUUGGCCCACUGGCUGGCUAAAUGGAUGAUUCGAGGGUUGGUCAGUUGAAUGUUUCGGGAAUGAGGUAAUAUUACAGAUUACUCAGAAGUAUAUUCAAGUGCGUUCAUUUAUUUUGCAUUUUGGGGUAUUAUGUGUUAUAAGAUAUUAUUCUAUUAGGAUUGUCGAAGUUCAUUAUGCCAAAACCGUCGCGUGAUGUUCGUCCAUGUUACGGGCCUAUUUAGUGACAUUCCAUGCACUCAACAAUAACGUGUUACUUGUUAUUGUCAUCAUAAAGGAAAUGAACAAAACCGUAUAACACUGUGGGUUUUUUUUUCGUGAUCUGCUGAUUUUUUUCUGCAAUAAACGUCUGCUUGAAAUUGCUUGAA